UUGGAAGCUGGAACAUUUUGUUUGUGAAGGUAAAUUAGUCUCUACAGCUGGACAAUCGGUAGCACUAAGCUAGCGUUCUCAUUAUCAAGAGCAAAGUAUUCAACUUUUAACAGGCUGGCGUUUAACCUCCGCGAACAUCAGCUAGGCAGACGUAAGGACGUCAGACUUUUUUAGUUUAGAGUUUAAGUAAUGAGCGAUAAAGACGUCCUUCCUUCAUGCUUACUUUCAACAAAAAAGAAAUUAUGGAUAUUUGCGUCGGGAAGAAGAGGAAACAGGUAAGCGGCGGUGUGCGGGGCUGCAGACGGAGUGUGGCCGUAAAGAUGAAGCGGGAGGUGGGUAAAGUCCUCCGCUCCCUGACGGUGGAGGACAAUAAUCGCACGGAGCCCAUGGAGGAAGAAGAGGACGACGACUGCUUCUCCAUUGGUUUCCUUCGGAAUGACCGACCGGAGCCCGCCGUGGCGGUGUCUCCACGUUACAGCCUGCUGCGGGAGGUUGGCCGAGGAAGCUACGGGGUGGUGUAUGAGGCCAUAGCUCGGAAAACAGGGGCCAGGGUGGCGGUGAAGAGGCUCCAAUGCGACGCCCCGGAAAACGUAGAGCUGGCUUUGGCCGAGUUCUGGGCCCUGACGAGCCUGGAGAACCGACACCAGAAUGUGGUCCAGCUAGAGGAGUGUGUCCUCCAGAGGAAGGGCCUGGCUCAGAAGAUGAGCCAUGGCAACAAGAGGUCCAAACAGUACCUGCGCCUGGUGGAGACGUCACUCAAAGGGGAACGUAUCCUGGGUUACCCAGAGGAGCCGUGCUACCUCUGGUUUGUCAUGGAGUUUUGCGAGGGUGGGGACCUCAAUCAGUACAUCCUGUCCCGCCGGCCUGACCCCCAGACCAACAGGAGCUUUAUGCGCCAGUUGACGAGUGCUGUAGCUUUUUUACACAAGAACAACAUCGUCCAUCGUGAUCUGAAGCCAGACAACAUCCUCAUCUCACAGAAAUCUGGCUCCCCUGUUCUCAAAGUGGCCGACUUUGGCCUCAGUAAGGUUUGUGCUGGCCUAAACUCAAAAAACAGUGAAGAACACCCUGCAGGAGGAGGGGGCGGCCGAGGCAGCAACCAGAACAACAUCAUCAACAUCAACAAGUUCUGGUUGUCAUCAGCUUGUGGCUCGGACUUCUACAUGGCCCCCGAGGUGUGGGAGGGCCACUACACAGCCAAGGCUGAUAUCUUCGCCCUGGGCAUCAUCAUCUGGGCGAUGAUUGAGCGGAUCACUUUCAUUGACGCAGAGUCCAAGCGUGAACUGCUGGGCACCUACAUACGGCAGGGCACAGAGAUUGUACCUGUCGGGGAGGCUCUGUUGGAGAACCCUAAAAUGGUUCUCCACAUCCCUCAGAAGGCCAGGAGCUCCAUGUCUGAAGGGGUGAAGAAACUCCUCCAGGACAUGCUUGCAGUCAACCCUCAGGACCGGCCAGAUGCCUUCCAGCUGGAGGUGCGGAUGGACCAGGUCACGUGUGCUGCAUGACAGCCCCCACCUUCCCUGAACCUCUCCUUUUUUACCCUAACCAGUCAAAGAAGGGACCCCUUUCCUUCCCAGCUUUGUUUACUACAUGGAUGUGGACUCCAAUGGAAAAAGGAACAAUGAAAAAGUGAACUGUGAAAAAUCCACAAUCAUGAUUUGAGCGGGAAGUGACGGACUGGCUAAUGAUUCCAAAACUCCUGGACAGGAACAGUAUGCAAACCAGACCACAACAGUGCACUUCCAGGACCAUCCAGUUCCAGUUACUGUCACCAUGGAGCUGAGGACAUUUAACGGGUGGAUAAUGUUGGUGUCUGAGCUGACUGGAUGUGAUAACCAGGUUUAUUUUUUAAUGUUGUUUAAUAUUUGUUUAUUUUUGUUCCCAAAAGCCCCAGUAUAGGCCUGCUCUUCAUCAACAUUUGUAAUGUACUUGGCUGUGGCACAGGUAAGGUACUGGAUGUACCAGUAUCUUAAGGUCAAAGCUACAUUAUCCUGAUAAUAGCAUUUGAAUGAACAUCAGAUGACACCACCAGCUUGUCUACCCGCCCUGUACAACCUCGUGCCUUAGAGAUGAUUCACUCCAAGUGUGAUUGGAUCAUAAGAUAAAAUGAUGCUGAAGCGGCAAUUUACAAAAACUUAAAAUGAAGAUAUGGUCAUCACAGAUUUUGAGUCAGUGUCACAUGUAUGCUCAUGUAAAGAUGGUUUACAAGGAUAUUUCACAAAUCUGUGCCACACUCCAGAGGCAGAGGCUGAACAAAUAUGAAUAUGAACGUUUUUAUGUUGUUUUGAAGGUGUUGUGUAGAAUUCACACCUUAGAAUUAGCAGGCCUGUAUCAGCUCCAUACAAUAUUGUGCUAUUACAACCAAACAGUGUCCAGCAGGGAAUUCAGAUUGGUUUUAUGUGGGUAUUUGUUCCUGUUGAAUCCAAAGAGCACCUGGUGGACAAAAUGUGUAUAUCUGUCUAUCGUCACUGCAAAGCUUAGUAUGAGUAUAUUUGCUAAAUUAAUGUAUGACCAAGAAACAAUCAUGAUCAUUGGGUGGGUUAACGGCUGUUUUUGGUAACUUUGUACUGAAUGUUUUUACAUUGAGGUAGAGUGUGGCAUUUUUGGACUUCUCACAAACUGAAAUACCACUUUGAAUACAGUUCAAGAUAUCAAGUCAAUAGGUAACUAGGAAUCAUCUGUCAUCUAAGAGAUAUUGAGUAUUGCUCUGUAUUCUAUCUUAUGAUUUUGAAGGGUUCUGUUGGGUGUGAUAUGGACAUGGUUUAUUGGGCCAUUCUAUGAGAAUAGCCUUACACCUGAGCAGUAUUGAGACAUCUUUGACUGAAUCUUUCAUGAGUAUCUGAUUUGGAGGACUCUCGCAGGAAAUUUGAAGAUUUGCCAUCUGGAAAAAAUUCCCUAAAGCAGCCACGGAAUACACAUCCUCACUGUCCCUUUCUUCCUUCCUUCCUUCCUUCCUUCCUCUCAUUACUGAAGUGCUUCAGAGUCUUUGCAGAGGCACGUAAUGUUGUGUAGAACACAUUCAGUUAGUUGCUGGUUGCAGCCUACUAUCUGUGUUGUGUGAGAAAAUUAUGGCUAGUUUGUGCUGUGAUUCCUGAAAAGCGAUCACUACAUGUGCACCCUGGGGAUAAACAAAAAUAUCAAGCCACAUGACUGAUCCUCAGGUGAGAUGGUACUUGAAGUAACUAGGAUUUUCAGGAAGAAACAACAAAAUGCAGAAGUUCAAACGCACAGAAUAAUAAAAAGCAGAGAGAGCGGUUAAAGCGUACAGCAGUGAGCCAGACAGAAGGGUUUAAAUGCUUUGUAUGCUUCACAUGUAGAAAGCUCUACUGCCUUCACUCUCCAACACACACCAGAGGGAUGACCAGAACCUCCUUCUGGAUUCAUAGCACUGCGUAGCAUUUGGGUUCAGUUCAGUGACUCAGUAGUAGUAGUAGUAGAUUUAAAGGCAUUUUGUAGUGUGGUCCUACCUCAUUCUCAGCACUUUGAAACAUCUUGUCUACCUUGACAGUCUCAACUUUGUCUUAGUUUCUGAUGCAAGGGUAUCUUUGCUUGAGUGGGAUGGAUUUGUAUCUCAGACUCAACCACUCCAGUCUUGAAACAACCUUGGACUGACUUUUCUGUGUGGUGUUUUGCUUAGUAACACCUAGCUUUUCCCUUUACAAUGAUUACAUCUACAACACCUGUUCACUUCUGUUAUACAGAGAUAGUCCAAGCUCCACUUAUGUUUGCAUUCAACAACUGCAGCUCCUAUAUAGCUGUGUUAGUGCCCAGAGGUGUCUAUGCCUGAAGGCCUUAGUGUCUUUCCAAACAGUACAGUACAACAGUACAACCAUAUCCUUUUAGCUGUUACGAAAGGCCGUACUUGAAGCACGGCAAACAAGUCCACUGUUCUAACCUCUUAGUUCCUGAGUCCCACUGGCUCGGCAAACUCUGCAAGAAUUUGGUGUCUUUUGCAUGUCUUUGUUGUAGAGGUCAACUGAUAAUGGAUUUCUAAAAGCUGAUAGUUUGGAACAGAAUAGCUGAUUAAUAGGCCAAUAUCUCACUGACCCCCUCUGCAGAAAUUCAAAGUAAGUACUAAGUCAAAGUAAUACAUAACUAAAUAAAUAUAUCAAUCUGGAACUAAACAUCAAAUUUAUCAUAAAAAAUCUAGGUCGGAGUGUUUUUUAAUUAUUAGGCUAAUCAUUUUCCUCAAAGUCAAACUGAGAUUCUGAAGCAGUCAAUGACAUUACCUUGACUUUAUGUAUGAAGAGUUCAUGCAACCGUGAUCAGAGAUGGGCAGGAUUUCUGUGAGUUGUAUUUGAAUUAUGUAUUUCAAGUACUGUUGAGCAUUUUAUAAUUGCUAAAAAAAUUAAGUGUGAUUUAAAACAAGAUACUUAAGAGUGGCAUAAUUUUCUAUUUUCAUUCAUUUUCUGUAACCACUUAUCCUGUUAGGGGUCACGGGGAGACAGCUGACAUUGGGCGACAGGGGGGUUGCCAAGCUAUCACAGGGCUGACACAUCGAGA